AUGUUUCUUGUUGUUCUAUUGAAGACAUUCUUGAUAGGCUUUGGAAUAGUUGGGCUGUCGAUUGGGUUCAUUGCCUUCCUGUAUAAGGCCAUCCACUACAUAGAAGAGUACCCUAAUAGAGCAAAGGAGAAGAUCAGAUUUUUAACAUAUUUUGUGUGGAUAAUGCACAUCUUUUUGCUGUUCAGAGGAUUUUCAUUUUUGCUAUUGGGGUUCUCCUGUCUCUCCCAGAUGAUGUUUUACAAUCUGCUGGAAGACUACCCAAAUAUUGAAACUUCAGGCGCUGGGUUCAUCAGCGCAGUGGUGAUGGCCUUUAUUAAUCACAUGCUCUUCCUUACGUCCAUGCUCAAAAACAGAUGCGGCCUCAUUGAGAUAUUCUUCUACUUCUUUGUGAUUGUGUGGUCUGUUCCGUUCUCCAUCUUUUUGAGUCUAACAGCCAAUGACGAGGUGAUUACCAUCAGCGGAACAAAAAAGCCAAUCAGAAGAACCAUGGCCGGGAAGAUCUUAGACACUUUGCUUUCUAGAAGCAACGCGUGGGAAGACAGAUAG